UGUCACGGUCACAUGUUUAGACUCUUUCGUGUCUUCCGAGUCGUUAGCCGUCUUCCCUCCCAUCACUUGCUAUCACCAACGACAUAUGAUGUUUUUCACGUCUAUUUUCUCCCAUUUUUCAAGGUCGGCUAGGCUUGCAUCAUGAUGUGGAAGUCAUUGUACUCCACAAGGUUGCCAAGUUCCAACGGUACAGGACUCAGUUACGCUCAUCUGCCACAGACCACUAUACCUCUUCGGAAUGCGCGAUUCAGCCCCAAAGCUACCCCAUAUAGUGUCACCUUCUAACUAAGAUAUCUACUGGUAUUUGGCAGACAAGGAGCCACAAGAAACAGUUCAAUCCUGCGAGAAGCUCCUACCAUGCAUUUCGAACUCACGGUAAAUAUACUCUGCCUAAAUAAUGAAAAGAAACGUAAGAUGACAUCGAGGAGAUGCAUACCAAAGGGUUUCAGUCCUACAGACGCCCCACCGCAGUCCGGCGUUUAUUCUGACAAAAACCCGAUGAUCCCCUUCUUUAUGGAAUGUAAAGGGUCCCCGAUUGGCGGACAGAAAACCUGGCCCGCUUCUUUACACUCACCCCCACUGACAAACAUGAUCAGCACAGAACUGCUAAUCUCCCUGCGAAUCACCGUGGUUUGCACAUUCGUCAUGUCUAUUAUUACAUACGUCUACUGGGAUGAAAUCAGGAAAUUCUAUCGAGUUAAUCUCACGAAGCUACUCGUGGCGCUAGUCUUCUGCGCCUUGCUUAUGCAGCUCCGAGUCGAUAUCUGGCUUCCGACGUCAGAUAUACUGUACAGGUUCAUGGGAUGUUUCACCAGGAGUAUCCUCGUUGGAGCCGCAUUAAUCAUCACCAGUGCUGCUCGCAUGAUGUCCAUCGUAAUGAUUUUCCAUAUUAUCAUUAUGAUCUCGCGUUUCGCGCUUUACAGGCCCGAACUUCUACUGUUCGAGCUGGUCGUUUACAGGUCAUUGCGCAUCUCUGAAGCAGCACUAAGCUGGUUGUUAGCAGAAGUAGACUCAUAAUACUCGUACCAUCUGCCAUAUUUUCUGCUUCAUUAAUUCUAGUGUUCCUCUAGAUGGAUGACGAGAUCUUUCAAAGUCGAUAGCGACCUAAUCUUACGUAGAGAAAUGAUAAGAGCUUGUUCUUGGCUCAUACAUCAUCUAUCGAUAUCAGUUCUGUUGAUUAUAAGCCAGGAAAGACUUAGGCAUAGAGAGUUUUAGUGUAGAUUAUAUCGGGUACCGGACUUGAUUCAGU